UCUCCCAGCUUUCUGCUUCUGCUUCCUUCUCUUAUUUCUCCUAUUUCUCCUCCUCUUCCAAUUUUUUCACUAAGAAACAUCCUGAUUUCCUCCAUCCAAAGUAUCAAAUCUCCAUUUGGUUCUAGCUAAAACUCUCUUUCCUAAAUCUGUGCUCUUUGCCAUAUCUCCUCUAUUUUGUUCUGGAACUCUUUUAAAUCUCACCACCUUCUUGUUGUCCUUUCGCCUUACCACCAUUAGUUAUGUACGUAAUCUCCUCCAAAAAGAUCUUUCCUUUUAUCCAAGAACGAGUGGAGAAAUCCUUCCAGGGCUCAGAAGAAGAAAGGAUCCAACUUGUUCCCUUUCCUCCUCUCUUUUGAACUCAAGAAUCACCAAAAGAAGAAGAAGCAAAAGAUCCAAUCUUUGCUUCGAUUCUUUGGUGCUCUUAGUCCUAGAACCGAUGUCUACGCUCCAGGGGAAGCUGCGGUCGUUUCUGAACAACCGAUGGCUGGUGUUUGUGGCGGCAAUGUGGAUGCAGUCCUGGGCCGGGAUUGGCUACUUGUUCGGGAGCAUCUCGCCGGUGAUCAAGAGCUCUCUGGGAUACAACCAGCGGCAGCUCGCCAGCCUCGGUGUGGCCAAGGACCUCGGCGACAGCGUCGGGUUCCUCGCCGGCACCCUCUGCGAGGUCCUGCCCCUCUGGGCAGCGCUGCUCAUCGGGGCGCUGCAGAACUUGAUCGGUUAUGGCUGGGUCUGGCUUGUCGUCAUUGGGCGAGUGCCCGUUUUGCCUCUCUGGGUGAUGUGUAUUCUCAUUUUUGUUGGCAAUAAUGGAGAAACCUACUUCAACACAGCUGCACUGGUUUCAUGUGUGCAGAACUUCCCCAAGAGCCGGGGACCUGUAGUGGGUAUCCUGAAGGGAUUUGCUGGCCUAAGUGGUGCUAUCUUGACUCAAAUUUAUGCCAUGAUUCACACACCAGAUCAUGCAGCUCUCAUCUUUAUGGUUGCAGUUGGACCUACCAUGGUAGUUAUCGCCUUGAUGUUCAUCAUCAGGCCUGUUGGAGGCCACAGACAAAUGCGGCCUUCAGAUAACUCCAGUUUUGUGUUUGUCUAUAGUGUGUGCUUGCUCCUGGCUGCUUAUUUGUUGGGUGUCAUGCUUCUUGAAGAUUUAAUUGGCUUGAGUGAAACAGUGACUACCUUGUGCACAGUGGUGUUACUCUUUCUUCUACUGGUUCCUAUUGUAAUACCUUUGCUAUUAACCUGCUAUUUUGAUGAAAUUUCUCCUGCUCAAGAGUCUCUUUUACCUGUUCCUCAGAAAGAAGGGGCAGGUAAAUCAGGAGAAUCAACAGAACAACAUGAGGUUAUUUUGAGUGAUGUUGAAGAUGUAAAGCCCAAGGAAGUUGACUUACUUCCUUCAUUAGAGAGGCAGAAGAGGAUUGCACAGUUGCAAGCAAGACUGUUUCAAGCUGCAGCUGUAGGAGCUGUAAGGGUCAAAAAGAGGAAAGGUCCUCAUAGAGGAGAAGACUUCACCCUGAUACAGGCACUAAUUAAGGCAGAUUUUUGGCUUCUUUUUUUGUCUUUGUUGUUUGGAUCAGGGUCUGGCUUGACGGUCAUUGACAAUUUGGGUCAAAUGAGCCAAUCUUUGGGUUACAGUGAGACUCAUAUUUUCGUUUCCAUGAUCAGCAUUUGGAACUUUCUUGGCCGCAUUGGUGGAGGCUAUAUUUCUGAGAUUAUUGUAAGGGAACAUGCAUAUCCAAGGCCGGUGGUUUUGGCAGUGACUCAGGUUUUAAUGGCAGUUGGACACUUCUUCUUUGCAAUGGGUUGGCCUGGAGCAAUGUACAUUGGAACAUUGCUGAUUGGGCUCGGAUAUGGAUCUCAUUGGUCUAUUGUGCCAGCUGCUGCCUCUGAGCUGUUUGGCUUGAAAAGUUUUGGAGCCUUAUACAAUUUCCUCACAGUGGCUAAUCCUGCAGGUUCAUUGGUAUUCUCAGGUCUAAUUGCAAGUGGUAUUUAUGACCAUGAAGCUGAAAAACAAGCACACAUGCACCAUAACACAAGAUCUUUGUUUGGGAGAAUGCUUUUUGGAGCACAACUUCAUGAUGAAGAGCCGCUAAAAUGUGAGGGAGCUGUGUGCUUUUUCCUUUCUUCCUUGAUCAUGUCAGGAUUUUGCAUCAUUGCAGUUAUCUUGAGCUUGAUCCUUGUUUAUAGGACCAAGAUUGUCUAUGCCCACCUCUAUGAGAAGCCUCGCACAUGAGUUCUCUUUAUUAGGAAGUAUGCAAUCUCAUGCUCGAGAUUAUGAUUUUUCUAUAGGCAAUGGUUGAAAUCUUCUACAUGGAAGUAACCAUUUUCCUCAACUCGAGCUCAAAUGGUUGGGGGUCUUCCUCAGAAAGGAACAGCAACUGCAUUGAAUUUCUUGAAAGAUAGAUCAUUCGAUACUAUAACACAAAUUUCUUUAUGUCUAUUUUCUGCCCAUUAUUCUGCAAGUCCUGGGAGUAUAAUCAAAUUGAUGCAUUGUUUCUUCUUUUCGAUGUGAUUUAUUGUCCUUAUGGUGGUAGUACCGCCACAUAUCAGGUCUCUGUUUUUCAAUGUUUGGGAUUAUUUGUUCAUGUGUAUAACCUGUGAUACAGCCUUUGAGUGGUACAUAAAUAAUUUAAUAUCUCUUGUCUAUUGUAAAAUAACAUUUUCUGCAUUUUCUGUUUUAAGCUCUUGCCUAGCAAGUAUUUUUUAUA